GGGAGGGGGGGGGGGGCUAGCGCGCGCGGAGUUCACUCACCGCGUCACAGCGUCAAAGAUGGCCGCGCUCUGUGUGUAAACAGUCCGCCCCCCUGUCGGACGACAGCUCGGAGAUAUGAGGCUUCUGUCGAGGGCAGCGCAGUUCGCAGUGGGUCAGAGGGAGACGAGCCGCAGACACUUCUGGGGUUGGCUCAACGCGGUUUUCAACAAGGUGGACUACGAGAGGAUCAAGGCCGUCGGUCCGGACCGGGCCGCAGCAGAGUGGCUGCUGAGAUGCGGAGCCAAAGUGAGGUUCCAGGGUUUCGAUCGCUGGCACCACGACUACAACGGGCUGCCAGCUGGGGCUCUGGGCAGAUACAAGAUCCAGGCGAUUGAUGCUACCGACUCCUGCAUCAUGCACACGGGGUUUGACCACCUGGACGGUCUGACGCACGUGGAGGAAAUCAAGUUCAACAAGUGUAUCUACCUGGAAGACGCCUGCCUGGAGAGGCUGAGCACGGUGGAGAACCUGCAGGAGAGCUUGUACACGAUGGAGGUGGUGUCGUGCGGCGACGUGACCGAUAAGGGCGUCAUCGCCCUGCACAAACUCAAGAAGCUGGAGUAUCUGUUUCUCAGCGACCUGCCGGGAAUCAAGGACAAACAGACGACAGCUCUCAGGCUACAGACGGCACUCCCACGACUGGAUUUAGCGCUGGACCUGGACUGACGGCUCCUCAUCUUAUAAGAGCCUAAUACAAUUAUCAUGUAUAUGGACGCAUUUAAAAAGGGUUUCAAAGUAAAAGAUCCAAUCUUUGAAGGAGGAGAGACAGGAGAGUGCAGCAGAGCUUUGAUUGUCUGACAAGCAAAUCCUUAAGAUAAGUGUAUUUACAUGCAGAUGUAUUUACACUUUAGGUUUUUUUCCUAGAGUGUGUGUUGAGUAAGGUUUCUAAACUUGUAUGAUCGAGCGUUAAAGAAAGAGUCCAGCCAAAAGAAAGAAAAGGUCAAGCACUUUAUGUUGUUGACGCCAUAUUUAUUUUUUAGGAUAAUCUUUAUUAUACUCUCAGCAUUUCAAUGAAUUAAAAGUUACUCCAUAUGCGGGUCCACAGAGAGACACUGUUGAGGAUUUGAAGGAUUCAAGAGUCUUUGUAAAACCGUUUCUCUUCGGAUUAGUUUUGGCAUUUGUACAAUAUCUGAGGACAAGACGAGAUGGCUGAAAACAUCCUUAGCACCAGAGCUCCAGAGACGAUGAGUACAGUGUGGAAUUUGUCUUUGCUAAAUGCUGGUGAAGAGGAGAGUCAAGAGAAUGUUUACUUAACUGUAUUCACUCCUGAUAAUCAAUAAAUAUUCUCAGAAAGG